CCACGAUUUUUUUUUCUUUUUAUUGAAGAGGCUUGCGAACCGUUUAGCUCGUCGCACACGAAGGUUCUGCAUGACCAAGCUGCUGGAAAGCAGUAAGAGGAAAGAAACGAGCUGCCCCGUGUGCAAAACCAAGGUCACCAAGAGGUCAUCGACAUCUCCCCAGACACAUGGAGACCUCCUGCAGUAGGCCAAGUAAUGUCCAAGAGCAUCCUGGGUUAAGCCUCCUCUGAAAGCAAUGACUGCCCUUAAAGUAAAUCUCUCUCCUUGGAGCAUCAGACUGGAGGGAAAUUCACACAAAGAAAAUUCUGUGGAGGUGCUUCCCAGGUCAUUGUCAAUCCACAGAAGUUCUCCCAGACUGUAACUGUGAGAAACUUUCCCUGCACAGAGCACUUUUCCUGAGUUAGAGUCUGUUUUGAAUGCAGAGGGACACUUGAUGGACUUUGGAUUGGCCUGAGGCGGGGGACUCCGGAAGGUUAAGGCCUUCUUCCACCGCGGUCUGAAGAUGUGCCAUGCCAGAAGCCUGCAGUACAGCAACAGAAGUACAAACAAAUGGAAUUUACCUUGUGACUUCUGUGCUGAGACUGCAAUACUGUGAGGAGCACUGCUGUGUGAAGGAAACACAUGCGCGUUGUCAUUGACUUUUCAAUGAUGGUGGAGAUGUGGCACUGUGCAUGGAUUUGGAGAGUACCAGACUUCAAUUGGACAGCUUUGACUAUUCCACUCAGCAGCUCUGCCCUCUGUAUGUACACCUGUGCAUUCAGACCUUUUGUAGUGAUUGUUUUCACUAGCUGGGACCACUGGGACACUUGAACUCUCAUCCCCUGCCAGAACACCCUGAUAUAAGAAGAUAUGUUCAGACAUGCCAUUUGGUGUGUAGUUUCCUCACCACUGAGCCAGUUGCAUCAAAACUCACAGUGGGGGUGGCCAAAUUAGGAAGAUGGCUUGGCUCAGGAUCUCCAAAAUCCAUCAGCUUUGUUGCCUCUGAUGCCCUCCAUACAUGGGGUUCCAUUCUACCCUCACACAGUUCUUUGGCCGUCUGCACACGCAAGUUACCAGACAUCGGACGCUUUGAACAUCCAGUGUGCAGGGAGUCAUCAGUGUUUUUAAUUAAGCACUUGAGCACCAUUGGGCGGUUCAUUUCAGGCUCUCUGUCACAUUUUAUGUGAAUGUGGCCAUGACAUUCCUUACAGUUGCCUCUGAUUUCUAUGUAUUUCUCUGUUACUGAUGGAUAGUCCUUGGCUCUUUUAAAGACAAAUGUGCAGGGGCUUUUCGCUUUACUUACACUGGCCAUAAUUUUGAUUUAGUAACUGUGUGGACUUUUCCUAUACUAACAACACUAAUUUCCACAAGAGCAUCAUGAACAGAAGUGUCACACCUAGUGGUGGGAGUGAAGUGUAACAGAUUAUUCUCCUUGUAAAUAAAUGAAAAGUUCAAUCAUAAGAGACCAGUGAAUGAAGGAAAGAGAAUUGUUUAUUGAACAAAUGAUGAUAUGAUUUGUCUUGAAAAAGUCUUCAGCAGUUCGACUCUAAAAGUGUGCUCACACCGAGGAGAUUUGCACCUAUAAGUCAAUGUCUAAUAUUGUAAAAACGGAAGCAGCACAAACGAAACUUUUAUCAGCACAAACCAGCACAAACGAAGCACAAACGAUUGAGACUAUUUUGGGUUAAUUUGGAGCAUGUGGGGGGCUGAGUGACCCCAGAAUGACCUAUAAAUAUUCUUUUAAUAUCUCCUGAACCGAAGCAGCACAAACGAAAAAUUUACGGCACAAACCAGCACAAACGAAGCACAAACGAUUGAGACUGUUUUGCUGACAUUUUGCGUUGGUGGUGGGGCAACUUCACGUAGGUGGUACCUGAGGGUGUCCCCUUUACAGACUCUUUAUGUUAAUAAAAUGCGAACACCUUUUUUAUGUUCAUUUUUUUUGUAUGAAGUUAAAAGUGCAGUUCUUACUGUGAAAUCUCCAAAUGUCAAAAUGACAGCAUGAAUUUUUCUUGGUUGUUCCUUAAUGUAUUGGUGUCUUCAUUUGGUAUUUUGGAGGUAUAUUUGAGCAUGUUUAUCAAUUCUUGAGUGUUCUAAAAUGGUUCAAUGUAUCAAAGUGUCUGAGAUGUAAGACUGAGACGUAAUGAAAUGACAAAAUUGACCUAGAACUGCUUUUUUUUCAUUUACAUGUGCUGUACUUUUAUGUAUUUCAAAGAAUGGAAUGCCAGGCAGUAAACUAAAAAAAAGAGAUGCCCAAAAGAGCACGCAUCCCACCGAAGAAGAUGAGAUUUUAUGAACCAGACCCCAGCUCACCCAAAGAUGACCAGGAUGUGAUAACUGCAGUGUCCCCAAUCUGUGUUGAAGACUGCAGCCAAGUGACCAGCUGAUUGAUUUAGCGAGAGCCGAGAUGAGACGAACCGAGACGAGACGAGACCUCCGCAAAAGACUUCAGGGUGAAACUUUUCCACGGGCAUCCUCCGGUUUACUUGUUAUCCAGAAAAGCUGAAAAGACUCGCACAGCCCACCCAGGGACGCCAAAUUGUUGUGGAAAUUACACAACACUCGCAGACUCAUCCUCUGAAGUGUGGCCGAGUCACUCGGGUUCUGAGUCACCAUGAGCUGGAGCUUCUUAAACUGCCUCUUAGAGGAAAUUCACAACCACUCGACAUUUGAGCGGAAAAUAUGUCUCACGGUCCUCAUGGUGUUCCGGAUCAUUCUCUACUACACCUACUACGAGCAGGGCAACUUUGUCUGCAUCACAGCCCAGCCGGGCUGCGAGAGCAUGUGCCACAAUGCCUUACUGCCGCUCUCGCAUGUCCGCUUCUGGGUAUUCCAGAUCGUUCUGGUGGCCACGCCCUUUCUGAUGUACCUCGGGUACACCGUCAAAUUUUCCAAGAGCAUAAAGUUUUACCUGGACAGACAUCAGAACCGAGGUCUGGAGGACGGCGAAGAGGACCAGGAGGAAGAUCCGAUGCUUUACGACAUGACCGUUGAAACGGAAAUCCAGAACGACAGUACACCUUUGGGUGCGAUGGGAAGUGGUACGAAAGCGAGACACGACGGCCGGCAGCGAAUCCAGCAAGACAGACUGAUGACGGUUUACGUCAUCCAGCUGGUCGUUCGGUCCGCUUUAGAAAUAUGCUUCCUGAUUGGUCAGUACAUGCUUUACGGUUUCACCGUCCAGGCUCGUUACGUGUGCUCGAGCAAACCGUGCCCUCACUCCGUGGAUUGUUUUAUCUCACGUCCGACUGAGAAGACGAUCUUUUUGAUCAUCAUGUACGCCGUGACCAUACUCUGCUUGCUGCUCAACUUCUGGGAGAUGCACCAUCUCGGACUGAGCACCAUGUUCAACCUCCUGUUGGCCAGAAAGCGGCGUGACGGCCCGGAUGACGGCCUCGCUGAAUGCGAGGAUAACGGACACGGAGGAUACGGCGGGUACGCACCGUCCCGGUCGUCUCCUUCGGCACCGGCGGACUACGAUGUCGCUGUGAAGGCAGAAAUGGCGCCAUUUAAACAAAAGGAGGAGGAGGAGGAGUCACCCAGGGAGCAUCAGCAACAGUACGGAAGCACAGAAGACGACUUCGUCCAGGUCCAGAAACCAGAGGAAAAGAACAGAAAUUCAAAGCAACAGCAUGACCAGAGGAAACAACGUGAACGUGAACGAAACAAGCGAAACAGAAGCAGAGGGGCUCGAGGAGGCAGCCGUGCCAGCAACAGCAAGUCGGACGAAGGGAAGCCAUCUGUUUGGAUCUGAGACGCAAACGGAGGAGAUCCAAACGCCCCAACACCAAAGCUGAACUCGUAUCACUGAGUCUGAGACCUGUACAAAGGAUUAUCGGUAAAGACAGUAAACCUGUAUCCGCAGGCCUCGUAAACACAGCUGGUGAAAGAAACAUGCAGAGACCGUUUGUUUUUGUUUUCUUUUGCUGUCUCAGGAGAAGAGCAGCAGCGUGCGCACACACAGCAUUCACACGCUGCUAGCACGAGGACUUCUUGUUAUUGAUUCUUUCUGUUAAAGCUGAGUUGCUGCUGUUCUUGUUUUCUUCUUCUUGUUUGUUUGUGCUGCUAUUAUGCGCCUGUAAGUUCUUGUAAUGUUUUCUUUUCUCCUCAUUAGAUUUGAAACGUGGAUUCUUUGUCAGAAAGUUCCUCGUUCAGCCCGGAGCAAUAAAAUACUUUAUA